AUGGCAGAAUCAUUUCCAUCCAGUAUUGCAACUAGCAUUUUGACCACUAUAGCCAUGUUCAACUCCCCGAAUACACGCCCUAAAGAUAUAACGAAGCUCAAAGAAACCUUGUCCAAAAUCCAAGACAAACUCUUGAUUGCGGAGGAACAGCAGGCACAAGAUCAAGAGCUGCAGCGCCAGCUUGCAAUGAUUUCAGAUGUGCUGUAUGAUGCUGAGGAUAUGAUAGAUGAGUUAAGGUGUGGCGCGGUCAAAACAUUAGGAGUCAAGGUAAGCAACUUCCUUGCGAGUAUAUUUCUUUCUCCUAGAAAAAUCCAGAAGACUAGGAAAAGAGUAGAAAAAAUGGCAUCUGGUAUUAACAAUAGAUGUGACCAGAGCACGCGUGUUGAUUCAGGGGAUACUGUGAUUGACCACAACUUUUGGAGUACUUCCCAAGUUUUGGGGAGAGACGAUGAUAGGAAGGAAAUUUUUAACUUUUUAACGAAUAAUACCGGAAGCGUCUCCGUUCUUUCAAUUGUUGGACAGGAGGGCAUUGGAAAAACCGCAUUAACCAGACUAGUUUAUAAUGACGAAAUGAUAGAUGACAACUUUGAACUGAAAUUGUGGGUACCUGCACCUGCGGACUUAGAGAUAACCAGUUUGAUGAGGAAAAUUUAUAUUGCUGUAGCAGGCGAAAAUGAUUAUGCUAAAUUAGCACCUAAACACACACUAUUCAGCGACAGCGGCAGUGGGAGUAAAAUUGUGGUUACCAGGAGUAGUAACCAGGCUGUACAAAGAAUAGGCACAGAGGCAAGUGUUGUUUUAAAUGUCCUUUGUGCUGAAGAUCGUGUGAAGUUGUUCGAGAAAUUAGCGUUUAAAGAUGGAGCAAACGACAGAGAUCCAGACCUCACUGAAAUUGGGAGAGGAAUUGUGGAAAAUUGUGGUGGCUUUCCUUUAGCAGUGCAAACUUUAGGGAGUCUACUUCAUCAGAACAUAAAUCCGCAAGAUUGGAAACUCAUUAGAGAUGAUGAAAUAUGGAGGCAAGAUCCAGAGAGAAAUAGCGUCAUCUCUGCACUGAAAUUGAGUUAUGGUCAUUUACCAUCUCAUUUACGAAGAUGUUUGGCAUAUUGUUCCUUAUUUCCCAAGGGUUACUAUUUUAACAGUGAGUAUCUCGUCCACAGUUGGAUGGCGCAGGGUUUCCUUGCAGCUCAUCACGAAAAUGAAGAGUGGAAAGAUGUUGGGAUGCGGUAUUUGAAGAUAUUAUUUUCAAGGUGUUUCUUUCAAGAUGUUGAAGACAGUGGUUAUUAUUUUACAUUUAAAAUGCAGGAACCUAUACAUGAUUUUGUCCAGAAAGCGGCAAAGAAAGAGUGCGAAAGGAUUAACCUUGGAGUCUCGUAUCCUGACAUAAGUGCUCGACAUUUGUUAUUUACUGGUAGUGCGAGAGAUAAUCAACAACUUCCGCAUAUUUCGGCGAACUUGCGGACCAUCAUCAUGCAACUAGAUUCUCACAAUGUUGGCGAGAGUCUCAUAGCUACAUUGACAGCCAAACAUAAAUACCUUAGAUUGUUAUGCUUGAGAGGUUUAACAUUUAAAGUGCUGCCAUAUUCGAUUGGUGAAUUGAAGCAUUUGAGAUUUCUCGACUUAUCUUGGAAUUCAAAUUUACAGGAACUUCCUGAGGCUAUCUGUAAACUUCAAAUUUUGCAAACCUUAAUGCUUCUCGGCUGUUCAAGACUUCGGAAUUUGCGUAAUAAUAUGCAAAACAUGAUCAGCCUUAGAUAUUUGGAAAUAACUCCAACGCCGUACGGUGAUCUACCAGUUGAAGGUUUGCAUUCUCUCCGAUAUCUGCAUAUAUGUAACUACUUUCUGGAAGAAUUACCUCGAGGGAUGCGAAAUCUCACAAGCCUCCGAACAAUAAUUUUGCAAGGUUGUCAUAUGUUGACCUCGUUGCCACUUUGGAUAACAAGUCUAAGUAGAUUGGAGAAGCUGGUGAUAAAAAAUUGUCGACGGCUCAAUCUGAGGAUGGACUCGCAAGGCCAAGGGGGAAAUGUCUGCUUGAACCUUCAAGUAUUCAUGAUUUAUGAUUUACAAGUUCUAGUGGACUUACCCCAGUUGAUUCUUCAAGGGUCAGCUAAAACUUUAAAGUAUAUGCGGAUUGAUACAUGUCCUAGCCUCCAAAAAUUACCAGCAUGGCUUACAACACUCACAUCACUUGAAAAACUUGAGAUUGCAGGCUGCUCAGUGCUAGAAUCUUUACCCAACGGGAUGGAGAACCUCACUGCACGCACAGAAUUGAAGAUACAAAAAUCUUCGCCCACGUUUGUGCUCAAAUCUAUCUCUCACCUCCAUCAUUACUUUUUCGGUCAUUCAGCUGUUCCAGGAGGUUUUUCGGACCCAGAGUGA